UAUACAGCAGAAACCUUCAGUCUUGCUGUUGCGUGCGCUUAUGGACCUAGUGGACAUUCAAGGUGGGAACGACUUUGACUCUAUUGCAAGUGUAGACAAGGCUGGUAUCAAACACUUGCUGCUGGGAUACGGUAAAUACACGGCCUUCUAUAUACCGAAUAAGGAGCUGGUAAGCCCCAAUGGUAAGAAGGUCAUUCCUGUGGUCACACAGUACUCUGAAACACACAGUCUCAUUUUCUAUGACAGCAGCAGAUCCAUGAUCGGAACCUACAUCGUAGAAAUGCCGAAAACCGGGAAAGCUAAUGGGAACUCGUACUUCUUGCAAGAGGUACUGUUUGUCCCGGGACUCGAGAGUCUCGAGUUGCUGAAAGGGGUCACGGGUAACAAGUUCGAAUUCUGGGACAUGGCCCUAGAGGUGCCCACGCACUUAACAGCUCUUAUUCCUUGCUUUCAAGAAAUCCAACCUUCCCAGCUACUGCGCACCGAAGACAAGAACCCGUGCACCCAGAGCAACAAUGAAGCCAUGGUUUCUCACAUGGACGAGAUACACCCCAUGUGCUGCGUGGUAGAGAGGGCCGAAAUGUUGAAGAAUAAACGCGAGGGCAGCGUGGAUUGUCUCACCGAAACACAAGUAAGAUGUGAUUUGACGCACUUCCACUACACGAACAGUGGCACUCGUACUGUUUAUUAUAGAAGGAACGGAAAGUUACUGGAUGGCAAGAAGGUGAACCUGGUCCCGGUUGCCACCCUGAGAGAGGGACAGGUUGAGAAACCUGAGCUGUACGUGUCUACCACGGUGAGGUUUUGCAGGGCCGUCAAACAGUGUUUUGUCAAGGGAUAUGGGGAACUAGCAAGCAGUUGUUGUGCCACAAUACAGGAAUUGAACAGGAAGACUUUUAUCGUCGGACCCCUGAUGUAUCAGGUGAUACUCAAUUCGGCAUUGACAGCCUUCAUCAAGUGUGUUAAUCCAAACAGCUGGUGCAAUUAUAUACCCAGGCACAUUGAGACCAUGAUUAAGGAUCCUGUCAUGGUCGAAGUUGUGGAAUUGGCCAUUAAAUUCAUGGGCAGCAAGAUCCCCAAUGCGUUCGCAGUGGCCGAGCUGCUAUAUUGUCCCAUUGAGAACGUGAGAGAAUACCUGAGGUUUUGGAACAUGUACGCCUCUGACAGCGCCAUUCACACGGCUGUGAAGAAGAAGCAUAUCAGUAUUGUUGAGGAGCAGAUGACAAAGGACUGGGCUGAUUUGGCCCAAAUUGCCUCCAGUUACGGUCAAAGGAGAUACAACAGCGACGCCAAAAUGGUCUCAGCGUGCAAAGCGUUGUACACUGAUCAGACCCUGGACAACGCAGCCAAAGCCAGUGAGAUGUGGCAUGCCCUGAUCAAACAUGAUACAAGCCAGAAUAAGGACAAGAAUUUGGUACAGAUGUAUGCCAACGCUAAGGUGCUCUUUUUAAAACUCCACAUUCAUCACAACAAAGUGAAGAAAGGGCUGAAGCUAAGAGUAGGAGAGCACGGUGAUCCACAGAGUGGACCGUAUUCCUCAAGCUCUACGUCCUCACGCUCUACCGAAGCUGAUGAUGCCGAUGUGUCUUCUAAGUGUCCAGCUGAGGUCGAGGAGUGCAACAAGGACCGUGCUAUGACCGGAAUCAGUGAGAGAGGUGACAGUCUGUACUCUAUCGUGAUACCAGAAUCCGUUCCAAUUUCGGCGUGGAUAAAGAACAUGUCAACUCUGCUGAUGAGCGAACCCUGGCUGAACAAUGAGCCUCUGAGGAGAGAAGCUGUUUGCACGCUCCUCGCAUUAGAUAACACUCUCCUGGAUAGUAGACACAGCGACAUCCUUCAAGAUUGGGUCAUUAACAACCAAACCGUUGUCAAUGUGCUCCAUAUGUAUGGGUUGCAGGAUAGACUCAGUAAAGCUCUCGUGGAUUGCUUAGCGUCUAUGUCCACAGUGAACUGGAAACGCAAGAUACUGAUGUCUUUCCACGGUACCCCAGUUCAAUCCAUGGGGCAUUCGGACCAGCUUGUAACUAAGCUGUACAACAAGAGGAACCCUAGCGCCCAAUGCAAUAAAAGCGGUUUGCAUGACAAAAGACGUGGACCUGAGAAACAAGCACCUUUGCAACACCCAAAAGUGGUGAAGCAAGAUCGCACAUCUUCUAAGUCAAAUAAGCAUUCAACCUCUAAGUCAUCCGGGUCCAAGAGCGACAAGAAGGCUCGCAAUUCACAAGCACACAGCUCGCGCACCGGGUACGAGGACCAGCACCCUUGGCUGUGCAAGGCUGUGGAAGUGACCAGCGGGGAGGAAGAGUGUGAUGAGGAGGAUGAAGAUGAGAUCCCCGGUGAGGAUUUGGAGGCUACGAUGGGUUGCGACAACAGCGAGAGUCCUGACGAAUACGAAUACAGCGACGAGUUCAUAGACGUCAGACCUACAGAGAAGGAAUGCAGCAGUGAAGGGGAGGAGGAGGACGUGGAGGCGUUCUGCGCGCAGGUUAAAAGGAGGGCGAAAAAGGCUAAGUGUAAGAGGAAGAAUGUUAAUCGAAAGUAUAAGCGUGUGUCACAUUCAGAGUCCAAAGAAGACUACUGCCCCGAGCCUGGCUGUAGUGGUGAUAUAAAAGUGGACAUACGAGGGUAUAAGCGUGCACUGCCAUCCGAAUCUGACGAGGAGUUGAUCAAGCCCGCUGUAAAGCGCGUCAAACGUAUAAAGGAGAACCGCAGGCCCAAGGAGAGAGAGAAGAAUCGUAGCAGGGCUGAAAAGGAGACGUAUGUCCCACACGCUGAAAGAGAAGAGAAGACUCGUGCGAGAAAGAGACAGGACAAGUCUAAGAAGAGGUGUAAAACAGCAAAGCCUGCUAAGAACACACGUACCCCGAAACGGGAUUCCCCUGUUUACAAAAGCAAGCUUUCCGACUCGGAAACCGACGAAUGGGAGGAGGAGCUCGGGGGGAGGGGUAAGGGGGUCAAUACUUCCAAGAUAAAAUGCACUCCCUCUCCAGUCACCGGGUCAACCCAAGAGGAGAGAAGAUCGCAUAAGAAGACCCAAAAGCUGACUAUGGGACACAUUGCCAAGGGAAAGAAGGCUUUCGUCCAGAAGUAUGCUCAGUGCCACACAGUAGAGCAGGGGAGCAAGCACAAGGUGGCCCCCAACCUCUGGGGUCUGUUUGGAUGCAAGACUGGACAGGCAGAGGGCUACUCAUACACGAAUGCCAACAAGAAUUAAGGUAUUGUGUGGGGCGAGGACACCUUGUUGGAGUACCUGGAGUACCCCAAGAAGUACAUUCCU